UUGGGUUAAAAUGGCAAUGAAGGAGGAAAAACCAUGGGCAUUGGUCUCAGAGAUAGGGGGCGAGCAUGGUUACCUUGAAGAGCUAGCUGAUAUAGUAAAGCAACACUUUCAAAUCAUCUGCUAUAGAGAGUUUCUACAAAACCCAGUGCUUCAUGGCCACAAAAUCCAGGCCCUGUUAAUGUGGAAGUACUGCCCUGCAGCUGAGCCUUCGUUGCUCAAAUUGCUUCCCUCCCUCAAAGUGGUUGCGAGUGGAGGGGUGGGCAUUGACCACCUGGAUGUGCGGUUUAUCAACAGUCUCGGGGUAAAGGUGGCCAACACUCCAGGUGUAGUCAGUGACUCCACUGCAGAUUUAGCCAUGGGUCUGCUUCUGGCAUCAGCUCGCAAGAUCCUUGAGGGUCAUCAAAUAUCUAUGGACCCCCAGACCAUAAACAUACCACAAAGUCUGAUGGGAGUUGAAGUCACAGGGUCGACUCUAGGGAUCAUUGGAAUGGGAGAGAUUGGUUACAAGAUUGCCCAAAGAAGCAAAGGAUUUGAAAUGAAAAUUCUGUAUCACAACAGGACCAGAAGGACUGCAGAUGAUGAACAGGCAGUUGGAGCAAGUUACUGUGACAGUCUGGAUGACCUGCUGAGGAGGUCAGACUUCGUCAUGAUAGCUGUCAAAUUGACGUCGGACACAACAGGCCUCAUCGGCCACAGAGAGCUGUCCCUCAUGAAACCCACAGCAGUACUGGUCAACAUCAGCAGAGGUCAAGUUGUGAACCAAGAUGCCUUAUUUAAAGCUCUCCAGUCUGGAACGAUUCAUGAAGCGGCAAUAGAUGUGACUCAUCCUGAACCUUUACCAAGGGAUCAUCCACUCCUUGGCCUGCCUAAUGUGUUGAUCACCCCCCACAUCGGGAUCAGUACUUACAGUACAGCUCGUAGGAUUGUGGAGAAGAUGGUAGAAAAUGCCCUGGCUGCAGUGAAAGGCUUACCUGUUCCAAAUGAAGUCAAGCAUCACUGA